AUGUUGUGGACGAAGGCGGCCUCGACGCGCCUUCCAAUCCGUUUCCUGUGUGCAUCCCUGCAGCCAAAGCGGUUGGCAGAUCUCGAUGCGUUUCGCGUAGGCGAGCCUGGCACGAACAUGCUGCAUGCGUGGACUUUUCUUUUGCAGGUUGGAGAGAUUUUCCGGAAAGGCGAACGGCGGGUACACGCGCUCCUGGAGGCAGCCAGAGCGUUUGCUGAGAAGGAAAAGCUGCUGUUGCACUACACGACAAUCGACCGGUUGGAGGACGGCGAACCUGUGGUGUACAGGCACACGAGUGGAGCUGUGAAGCGCCUCGGCGCAUGCUGCGGAGAAGAGGAAACCGCGGAGCGACGCGCGAAGCGCCGCCGAGAGGGGGAGAAGGCAGACGGUGCGGAAGACGGAACAGAGGGUGGGCCGCCCGCCGCCGGCUGCCACGUGGACCGACACGAAGUGUCUUUGAAUGGUACACGCGCUGCGCCGUCAUCAAAAGGCACAGAUUUCGAUAUGUCCCUGUUGGACUCUGGGCGAUACUGCUUGACCGUGGCUGUUCGCGGAAAUCCCCUCACGACAGUCGUCGACAGCGUCUUCCUUGUUCCUAGCAACCGCGACGACCUGCUUCCGCCUCCCUUCAACACUCCUUGGGACCACCACUGCGUCGAGCCCAAGUACGCGUGCCUGCCAUCGUUCGUGCUUUUUUCGUCCUUCGGUUUCCAUCUGCGCCGGCUGAGACCGGCGGACGUGAGAGUGAUCGCGGCCGCUGAAGCGGAGGAUGCGCAGCUGGAGAGAGGCCACCUCAAGUCGCCGGCUUCCAGCGCCGAAGGCGUCUGCUGCGCGCCGAGUUUCGCGUGGAUGAACGAACGCGCGCUGGCAAAGACUUCGACGCAGGACGUUUGGGCGCUGGGCGUCUUCAAGCGCCGGCUGGGCACUUCUCGCAACACAGUCGACGAAUCCGACCCGGCGGUUCCGGAGGGGAACGAGGCCCUCGUCGGCUACGCCUGGGCAGACGCGGAAACGCCCCCGGACGCGACAGCUCCGGGAGCGUCACCUGCGCCGUGGAGGUUGAGACGCGUGUUCAUCACGCGGGUCCGCCGGAGACGGACCUUUGGAACGCACUUGGUGAAGGCGUUCCUGGCGACGCUUUACAAAGAAAAAGUGUCUCGCAGUCCGACCGCUUCGCGGGAGGUCGUCGGAGACCCAAUGCCUGCGUGGUUCGCCCCAGUCGCUCGCGAGUGCGGCUUUUCGCUCAUGGAAGCGACGGCCCUGACCAGCGGGAUGUGCCGCAUGCGCCUCAAUCUGGACCACUGGUUCCGAGUCUUUGUGACGGAACUGGACUUGUGA